AGGCCCGGCAACAGGCGGGUUUGCGCAGCCCUGGCGAGCCGGGCCACGUGAGACUUUGUUCCCGCCCGCCCGUCAGUUGGGCGGCUCAUUCGUCCCGAGCGCGCGUCUCUAUUGUUCCUUCGGCGUGAAUACCGCAAAAAUCGGGAAAAAUUUCCUUCCUAAAUUCUAUGUCCCAGCAGUUUUAUAAGUUUUUAAAAUUAAAUACACGAAAUUGAAUGUGUUAAUGUAGUUAUAGUUUGUGUUAUAAUGUGUUUAUUAAUAAGAUCGCCGUGAAAAAUGCAUGAAGUUAUUAAAAAUUCAUGAUAGCAUCUCAACAGUUCCCGAGAACCUGAAACACUACGGUUUGAUCAACAGGUUCCUAAAAGAUAUCAACAAUGGAGACUGACAAAAUGUCAACAGCGUCGUCGACAGGCGCCGAACGACGACCGCUACUUCAGGCUUUGGUCAUCGAGCGCCGCAUCCUCUUCGCCUGCACCGUACUCGUCGGCCUCUGCACGUUCGUCUGGAUAGCAGCUGUCUGUACAGAGAAAUGGGUGCAUAUUGAAGGAGGCAAAGGUGUAUAUCUUCCUUCGAUGGGUGUUUAUUUGAUGUGGAGCAACUCGGGCAUGUGGGAGAUUUGCCGAUAUUUAUUCCAUCCCGCGCCUACUUCGCCUGUAAAAUACAACGGCACCGUUGGCACUACAACACCUCGGCCGUACGAUAUUGAAGAUAUGGUUGGUGAAUACUUCACAAAUUGUACCAAUUAUCUCGCGCAACCAGUCAUGAAGAAUGGAAAGCCUGAGGACCCUGCCUAUGAUAUAGAUGUUGCCAAUUAUGUACGAACAAUGGUGUCUUUCGGUAUCAUCAGUCUUUUCGUUAUGGCCAUGGGUUGCGGUUUCUCCACCUACACCUUCCGCAAUCCUCGUUAUAUGUUCAAGCGGCUUGCAGCGGGAAUACACUUCAUCAGUACUUCUUGCACAUUCGUGGUGGUGCAAAUUACAAUGUCUUGCAUAGACCAUAUGAAGAAAAACAUCAGAGUUGUAUAUCCCGAGCGCGCCUACCAUUACUAUCACAUUAGUUUCUUCCUCGCCUGGUUCGUGGUUCUCGUAAAUCUCUUUGCUGCGGCGUCGUUUCUUUGGUAUUCAAGGAAAAGGAAAGGUGAUAAAGCGGCUACAGAUGAACUCGCCAUGGCCGAUGAGCCGACAAUCAUCGGCCGAUGACGCCACGGGCGUUCCACAUCCAAGCGUUCUCUAAAACCGCCUGGAAUCUUCGUCAAACUUCUACUGAACAGUGCUCAAAUGACCAAUAGCUAUAUCAAUAUUUCAAAAGUCUUCCAUGUGUUUGUACUUAUAGAAACAUAGAUAUAUCUAUAGUUACAUCGAAUGCAUCUUGUAAAAAAUCCCAUAAAAAAUAACAAUAAUAAUAAUUUGCAUUGUUUAUUAUC